AUGUUCUUGAUGAUUGCGUUCCCUGGAAUGGAUGAAGGACUUGGGCAUGGGAUGUCACAUUCUGGAUUGGGGAUCGACGUCAUGGUUGUUUGUUUGAAUGUUCGCAGUGUCUUCCUCAUCAUUUUGUUACUGAAUGUUCGCGAGUCGAAUGACAAUGGCGUCCCGGCACCGGCCGGCCCCCUGCAUGCGCCCGCGACCAAUUCUCCUGUGGCUGCCGCCCCGCCUAUGUUUCAAGAAUGCAGAGACGCGCUCAUGAUCCCAAUGAAGGAGACUGAAAGAUGCUGUCCCAGCAUUUGGAUGGGGACGAGAUACACUGAGAGCGCGAGGUCUGGCACGGAAGGCGACUCCCAUGAAGCUAUCGUCAAGCACUCUUUUUACGAAUCGCGGGCAGAUUCUCUCAGCGGCCGCAAAGGCGCUGCCGUCAGACUCGGCUGCAACGAGAACGCUGGUCACUCUGCCGACGAACGGAAUAGAGGUUGUCCCAGCAAACCAAGCACGGGAACAAAUACUGGAGCGAAAGUCGGACGAAGAAAGAAUAUGUUGACCAACAUGAUCGCCCUCGCCAUCGAAGACAAUAUUCGCCGCAUCAUGACUAAGGGCUCCCAUGGGAAGAAUAUGAUUUGA